UUCUCUGUAUGUGGAGACGCUUCUCUGUGAAUGCAUAGAUUGACAGAGGAUUACAAACAGAUACAACAGACAAAGGUUGGGGGGAAGAACAAAUAAGCUGUAAGAAACUGUCAGACACCAGUUCUCAUUCAAGUCAAAGACUGCCAUCAAGAUGUCUGGCUCGACCCAGGAAGAAGAGGAGUUGCCUGCCAAUCAUACAGGUCCAAAAGGUGUAAUUAAUGACUGGCGAAGGUUUAAGUUGGACAGUGUGGAUCAGACUGUCCCUCACAGCAAAAGAGAGUUGCUCAGACAAAUGUCCAGUCCACGAGAGGAUGACAAGGAGAGAAUCAACAGAAAGAUGAGUGUCCAGGAGUACGAACUGAUCCAAGAAGAGGAUGAACGUUGCCUGAAACGCUACAGAAAACAGUGUAUGCAGGACAUGCACGAGCGCCUGAGCUUCGGUCCUACGUUUGAAGCAGUCUAUGAGCUUGAGAGUGGAGAAGACUUCCUGGAAGUGAUAGAGAAGGAACAUCGGUUGACCCUGGUGGUAGUCCACAUCUACCAGAAUGGUGUCAAAGGCUGUGAACAGUUGAACUCAUGUCUGGACUGUCUGGCUUCAGAGUACCCCAGUGUUAAAUUUUGUCGUAUUGAUGCUGUGGCGACAGGUGCUGCUGAGCGCUUCUCCGCUGAGGUUCUUCCUGCUUUGCUGGUGUACAAAGCUGGUGAGUUACUGGGUAAUUUCCUGGCUGUUACUAAACACUUCCAUGAAGAGUUCUUCGCAACGGAUGUGGAGGCCUUUCUCAAUGAAUAUGGCCUGUUACCUGAGAAGGAGUUCAUGGCAUGUGCUGACGAUGAGGAUGAGGGAGGGGACGUGGAAUAAAAAGAGAACAAGGAAAGGAUGUUAGUUGAGAGAAGGGGAGAAAAGGUGGAAAUAUUGUGGAGGGGAGUGGGUAAAAGCAGAGAAAGAAGAAAUGGGAAGAGGUAAAUGUAACAGUAAAGGGGCAAUGAAAAUGAGAGCUGAGGAAAGGAAUUGGGGAAAGAAGUGGAGGAAAACAGUGGGACAGUGUUCCAGUCAUCUGUCCUCACACACACGUUAAGAACACAUUUACAUUGCAUGUACAGAUAAACACACUAUAGUAAACAUCCACCAGGACACACACGCUGAUUGUAUUUAGGGGCAGUUAAUUGUAAACCUCAUGGUGUGAGAACAUUUUUGCUUUGCAAAGUACUGCUUUGCAGUCGUGUCAUAGCUCUACAAUAAAAGAUGACUUUCCCAAAGUGCUCUUUGUGUCUGUCUGUGUAACACUGGAUAGGCUACUGCUGGAUUGCAAAACACUUAAUGGUGUAUACCUGAACUUAUGAUA